ACCAUGGAGAACUUGAGCAACGCAAACUGCAGAUUUGCACUCGACUUGUUUAGAAGAGUUAUUGAGACCAGCCCAACAGGAAAUGUUUUCUUCUCUCCUAUGAGUGUUUCUGCUGCUCUGGCCAUGCUCCUUUUAGGGGCCAAAGGUAAUACAGAGGCCCAGAUGCUGAAGAUACUUCAUUUUGACAAGGUCAAAGAUAUUCAUUCAAGAUUUCAGGCUCUGACUGCUGAUAUUAACCACAGGGAUGCUCCCUAUCUCUUACGGCUUGCCAGUCGCCUUUUUGGAGAGAAGUCCUACAGUUUUUUGCCGGAUUUCCUGACUAAUACUCGGAAAUUAUAUGGAGCUGAUUUGGCUACAGUUGAUUUUCUUCAGGCUUCUGRUGAAGCCCGAAAGGAAGUUAACAAGUGGGUGGAGGAAAAAACUGAAGGUAAAAUCCCUAAUUUGCUGCCUGAAGGCUCAGUUGAUAGCAUGACCAGACUCGUACUCGUGAAUGCUAUUUAUUUCAAAGGGAAAUGGGCAAAGAAAUUUAAAGAAGCCAAUACUGCUGUGAUGCCAUUUUGGUUAAAUAAGAACGAACAAAAGAAAGUAAAAAUGAUGUACAAGAAAGAUAUAUUUUGUUUUGGUUACAUCCCUGAAAUGAAGACCCGUAUUUUAGAGCUAUGCUAUGAUGGACGAGAACUUAGCAUGAUCAUCUUGUUACCUAAUAACAUUGAAGACGACUCUACUGGGCUGCAGGAGCUGGAAAAGCAGCUCACCUKUGAGAAGCUUCAGGAAUGGACCCAUCCACACCAUCUGCGCUCUACUGAUGUCAACGUGCAUUUGCCAAAAUUUAAGCUAGAAGAAAGCUAUGACCUUAAAUUGCAUUUACGUGCUAUGGGCUUGUUGGAUGUAUUUGACAGUGGCAAGGCUGACUUGUCAGGAAUAUCAGAGGCACGUGACCUCUUUCUGUCUCAAAUCAUCCACAAGGCUUUUGUAGAAGUGAAUGAGGAAGGCACAGAAGCUGCAGCUGCCACUGCUGGCAUUGUGUAUGCAGCUUCCUCCUGCUUGGUGACGGAAGAAGAUUUCAAUGCUGAUCAUCCUUUCAUUUUCUUUAUCCGCCACAACCCAACACAAAGCAUACUCUUCCUUGGCAGAUAUACUUCUCCAUAAAGAGAACUUAUUAUCUGCUUCCCAGUUCCUGCUCCAGUCAGUGAAAGCUUUGCUCCCAGAUAAGUUGGGUUUUGAUGUAUAAAUUUAAUGCUCCUGUCCCUGAGUUCUUGGUAGCUGAGAUUCCGUUCUGCAGUUCCUUGUCUUAUAGAGCAUUUUUAAUCCCUAGGAAAAUCUUAACUAUGGGCAAAAGAAUCUUUUGAAAUUGGACUAGAAAUGAAAAUCCUUUGGGGCACUUAAGACACAGUAUCUACCCAAAUGUCUACUUGCCCAAGUUUCUGCGUGUUUGCUGACAGCCCCAGUCAGUGACUGCUGACUGUGUAAUAGGAUGUGCUUGCAAAGCUAUUCCUUCCCUAAAGCUGUGUUCCCAGAAGAUAUUUUAAUAAAAUACUUCUUG